AUGGAUUUCUCCGAUUCCGAGCUGCCCAGUCCGAAUCCCAAUCCGAGUGUCGACACGCACAAGAAUGGGUUCUCCCUUGGAGACUCCGACGAGGAGGACUCGACGGGCUUCACGACCCAUGAAACCCCAGAGGAUCCUCAGGCCUCCGCGACGGACAUCCUACCACGAGAUCUUCAGCAAAAGACGGCCACCUAUGACUAUGCCUAUGAGAAGUCCAUGAGCCACGCCGAGGCGAAACUGUUCUAUCAGCAUCACCAGUUGGCAUCGAAGGGGGACACACCGGCCAGCCCCAUACCCACAGCAGGACGCCCUGCGGCGGAUUCGUACGAAUCCAAGGUGAUGAUGAUGGGCAAUGGUGCCAGCCCAGUACUAAGCCAGGCGACACGGGAAUCUUCGGUGGGAUGCGACCCUGAAUGGCACCUGGGACCCUCGUCUCAGCAUGACGAGGCCCCCGGAGCAGCACUUCAGGCUCAAAACAGCCAGUGGGCCGCAGACCUCUCCGCACGUAGCCACGCUAUGCCCCUAGGUGGCGCCCAUCCCUCCGCUCACGGAUCCUAUCUUACUGCUACGCCAGCCGCAGAGGGAAUUCAAGGGUUGGGUCUGGGGAUUGGAUUGUCCCAGGGCGCUGCAGCUGGGUUUGCGCCCGGAGGCGAUGCCGUCACGUCGGAGUUGAACGCCAUCUACCGUAAGAUUAAGGGUCUUCUAGAGCGGCGGUCCAAAUACAUGGCACUGUCCCUCCAACGACCCGAGGACGACCCAAGGAAUGAGCCAGAAUGGGAGAUUUACCCGCCACCCCCGGAGCCCGCCUGGGACGAAGGCAAGGAAUAUCAACCUGGUAAUGCGGGGGGCCCCUCCGACCUGGUAGGCAAGAAACGAAAAAUGGGAGAGGACAUUGGCGAAGACUUUGACAUGAAGGAACUGGAGCCCCUUCCCAGACAAUCCGCCUGGACAUAUCGUCUCGAUGGCAACAGUGUCUAUCAGGUAUAUUCCACGGAGGCUGCUGCCGAUCAACAACAACCUGUGGUGCAGAUCCCUUCGCUGCGUGAUUUCUAUAUGGAUCUGGAUGCCGUGGUAGACGUCUCCACUGAUGGCCCGACCAAAAGUUUUGCAUUCAAGCGUCUAUCGUAUUUGGAGGGCAAAUUCCAACUCUACACACUACUCAACGAGUACCAGGAAAUUGCGGACAGCAAAAAAGUGCCGCAUCGAGACUUCUACAACGUGCGCAAAGUGGACACUCACGUCCACCAUUCAGCUUGCAUGAACCAGAAGCAUCUUCUUCGUUUCAUCAAAAGCAAAAUGCGCAAAUCUCCCGACGAAGUAGUCCUCUUUCGAGAUGGAAAGCAUCUCACCUUGCGUGAGGUAUUUGAAAGUAUCAAUUUGACGGCCUAUGAUCUGAGCAUCGAUACUCUAGAUAUGCAUGCACACACCGAUUCAUUCCAUCGGUUCGACAAAUUCAAUCUCAAAUACAAUCCUGUCGGAGAAUCUCGUCUUCGUGAAAUCUUCUUGAAGACCGAUAACUACAUCAACGGCCGGUAUUUGGCGGAAAUUACCAAAGAGGUGAUCUCCGACUUGGAAUCCAGCAAGUAUCAAAUGGUUGAAUGGCGGAUCUCAAUCUAUGGACGAUCAAUCCACGAAUGGGAUAAGCUUGCUGCCUGGGUGGUGGACAACAAGCUGUUCUCUCCCAACGUCCGAUGGCUGAUCCAGGUUCCUCGUCUGUACGAUGUGUACAAAUCAAGCGGCAUGAUGGAGAAUUUCGAACAAGUCAUCACGAACGUAUUCCAGCCAUUGUUCGAAGUGACCAAGGACCCGUCCAGUCACCCCAAACUCCAUGUCUUCUUACAACGAGUGGUCGGGUUUGACAGUGUCGAUGACGAGAGCAAGGCGGAACGUCGACUCUAUCGCAAGUAUCCCAUUCCCCGCGAAUGGGAUACCAAGCAAAACCCGCCUUACAGCUACUGGCUUUACUUUAUGUUUGCCAAUAUAGCCUCGCUCAACAAUUGGCGGCAGCGCCGAGGUUUCAACACUUUUGUCCUUCGGCCGCAUUGUGGUGAGGCUGGUGACCCUGAUCAUUUGGCUGUCGGCUUCUUGUGUUGCCACAGCAUCAGCCAUGGUAUUCUGUUGCGCAAGGUGCCUCUGCUGCAAUAUCUCUACUACUUGGACCAGAUAGGCAUUGCAAUGUCACCUCUCAGUAACAACGCAUUGUUCUUGACCUAUGACAAGAAUCCUUGUGCCAGCUUUUUCAAGCGUGGGCUCAAUGUCUCCUUGUCCACCGAUGACCCUCUGCAGUUUGCGUUCACGAAAGAGCCUCUGAUUGAAGAAUAUUCGGUAGCUGCUCAGAUCUACAAGUUCAGCGCGGUCGAUAUGUGUGAGCUCGCCAAGCACUCGGUCGAUCAAAGUGGAUUUGAACUGUCUUUGAAAAAGAGAUGGUUGGGUUCAGACUGUGGUCUUCCUGGCGUGGCUGGCAAUAAUGUGGCUAAGAGCAAUGUGCCCGACAUUCGAGAGGCAUUCCGGCAUGAAACUCUGCUGGCCGAACUUUCCCUGUAA